AAGCCGAAACCGAACGCGCGACCAUGACAGUAGCGCGCGGCAUAUCAUCCACACAUGCGGCGGCUGCUCCCCCUCCACUGAUUCCAACCCUUCCAAUGGCCGCCGCCGCCUCCACCUCCGCCUCUUCCUCCGCCGCCGCCGCCGCAUGCUUCCUCUCCCCGUCUCCCCCGCCCCGCCCGCGCCAUUCCCUCAAACACAUCGCGUGCGCCGCCGCCAGGUCGUCGCCGGGGCCCGGGCCCUCCUCCUCCUCCUCCUCCUCCCGUUCCCUCGCUCUCCCUUCGCCUUUUCCGUGGCCGUGGCCGCGGCGGCUCCGUGACCUGCUCCCCGACGAGGCCGGCCGGAUCCUGUCGUCCGCCUCGGGCUCCCUCAUCGUCGCCCUCGCCUCGGCCGCGCUGAUCCUCGGCGACGCGGGAGCGGCCUCCGCGUUCGUCGUCGCCACGCCGCGGAAGCUGCAGGCCGACGAGCUCGCCACAGUGCGCCUCUUCCAGGAGAACACGCCAUCCGUCGUCUACAUUACCAACCUCGCCGUGAGGCAGGAUGCCUUCACGCUGGACGUGCUCGAGGUGCCACAGGGGUCCGGGUCGGGGUUCGUCUGGGACAAAAGCGGCCACAUAGUCACCAAUUUCCAUGUCAUCCGUGGCGCGUCAGACCUCAGGGUCACACUUGCUGAUCAGUCAGUGUAUGAAGCUCAAGUUGUUGGAUUUGACCAAGACAAGGAUGUUGCUGUUUUGCGUAUUAAAGCACCAACGGAGAAAUUAAGACCUAUACCAGUUGGUGUGUCAGCAGACUUACUGGUCGGUCAGAAAGUAUUUGCCAUAGGGAACCCGUUUGGUCUUGACCACACUCUUACAACAGGAGUUAUCAGUGGACUGCGUAGAGAAAUCAGCUCAGCUGCAACGGGGCGUCCUAUACAGGAUGUGAUACAAACUGAUGCUGCUAUCAAUCCUGGUAACAGCGGUGGCCCACUUCUUGAUAGCUCAGGAAACUUGAUAGGUGUAAACACUGCUAUAUACUCGCCUUCAGGAGCAUCAUCUGGUGUUGGCUUUUCCAUUCCAGUUGAUACGGUUGGUGGUAUUGUGGAUCAGCUUAUAAAAUUUGGAAAAGUAACAAGACCUAUUCUGGGGAUAAAAUUUGCCCCAGAUCAAUCUGUAGAGCAGCUUGGACUAAGUGGAGUGCUUGUCUUGGAUGCUCCUCCAAGUGGACCAGCUGGAAAAGCGGGUCUGCAAUCAACCAAGCGGGAUUCAUAUGGUAGGCUUAUCCUAGGGGACAUAAUUACUUCUGUGAAUGGAACAAAGGUAACAAAUGGAAGCGACCUGUAUCGGAUUUUGGAUCAAUGUAAAGUUGGAGAAACGGUGACCGUGGAAGUAUUGCGUGGAGAUCACAAGGAGAAGAUCCCCGUGACUCUUGAACCAAAGCCAGAUGAAUCAUAGUAAGCUACCUCCAUAGGCUCCAUUGUACUGUCUGUAUGUUCACAUAGGUGCAGAAAAAUGGAAAUAUACAAGCCAUUAGCAUUUUCGCCUACCACGGAAUUUCACUGUACAUAAUUCAUGCUUGUAAAUUUUCAUGGCAAAAAGAAAAUCCAAAUUGGUUU